UACUUUGUCUAAGUGAUCCGGCUCAUGAUGCUCAGUCCGGAUCAGGUGUCCUUGAUAGGGCUGGUGUUUGAGACUUAUGUGAUGGAGCACCACAAGAAUGAUGUCCUACAGAUCUUCCAGGAGGCCAGUGAAGAUACUCACUAUCCUGUUGUAGUGAAUGCCAUGACCUUAUUCGAGGACAAUAUGGAGGUUGGAGAGUGUUUCAAUGCGUUCCCCAGCCAGGUCCUGCCUAUAUUUGACAAUGCCCUGCACAGAGCGGCUCAGACCAUAUCUCAAACUUCUUCCUCACUGCAGGGGACUUUCAGCCUCAAACACAAUCUACAUGUUCGUAUAUCAGGUUUACCUAUGUGUCCCGAGCUGACCAGAGAUCACAUUCCUAAAGCUAGAGAUGUGGGCCACUUCCUGUCCGUCACAGGCACAGUCAUCCGCACCAGUGUGACCAAAGUCCUGGAGUAUGAGAGAGACUACAUGUGCAAUAAAUGCAGGCACGUGUUCUCCGUGCAGGCUUCUUUUGAGCAGUUUUACACCUUCACUCCACCCACCAGCUGCCCCAAUGAGGAUGGAUGUAAUUCUUUCAAACUCACCUGCCUGUCAGGGAGUGACGCCCCUCCGGCCGCCUGCAAGGACUACCAGGAGAUCAAAAUCCAAGAGCAGGUACAGAAACUGUCGGUGGGCAGUAUCCCUCGAUCCAUGCUUAUCAUCCUGGAGGAUGAUCUUGUGGACAGAUGCAAAUCAGGCGAUGACAUCACAGUGUAUGGGGUUGUGUAUCAGCGCUGGAAGCCGAUGUUUCAGGAUUGCCGCUGUGAUGUGGAGAUUGUGCUGAAAGCAAACUAUAUCGAGGUCAAUAAUGAGCAGUUCACCACAGCACUGGUGCUGGAAGACAUUCAGAAGGAAUUUGAAGAAUUCUGGGACAGUCACAAACAUGACCCCAUUGCCGGCAGGAAUGAGAUCUUGAUGAGUCUUUGCCCUCAGGUGUUUGGCAUGUACGUCGUCAAGCUGGCUGUUGCUAUGGUUUUGGCAGGUGGGGUACAGAGAAUAGAUGCGUCUGGAACUAAGGUGAGAGGAGAGUCUCAUCUGUUGCUCGUGGGCGAUCCAGGCACUGGGAAGUCUCAGUUUCUGAAGUACGCCGCUAAGAUUACACCACGCUCCGUGCUCACUGCAGGAAUCGGAUCUACUAACGCAGGUCUGACAGUGGCGGCUGUCAAGGACUCAGGAGAGUGGCACCUGGAGGCGGGAGCACUCGUUCUCUCUGAUGGAGGUCUGUGCUGCAUCGAUGAGUUCAACAGCAUCAAAGAGCACGACCGCACCAGCAUCCAUGAGGCCAUGGAGCAACAAACCAUCAGUGUGGCUAAAGCUGGAAUGGUGUGCAAACUGGACACAAGGACCACCAUCCUGGCAGCUACUAACCCAAAGGGGCAUUAUGACCCUAAUGUGUCUGUUUCCGUGAACGUGGCUCUCGCUAGCCCCCUCCUGAGCCGCUUUGACCUUGUGCUGGUUCUGCUGGACACUAAAAAUCCAGAAUGGGACAAAAUAAUCUCCUCUUUCAUCCUACAGAACAAAGGAGCUCCAAGCGAGUCUUCAUGUUUAUGGAGUAUGGAGAAGAUGAGGGCCUAUUUCUGCCUGAUCAAGACUCUUAAACCUUGCAUAACACAGGAAGCAAACGCCAUCCUGAGCCGCUACUAUCAGCUGCAGAGACAGAGUGACAGCCGAAAUGCUGCGAGGACAACCAUCCGCAUGUUGGAGAGUCUCAGCCGCCUAGCAGAAGCUCAUGCCAGGCUGAUGUUCAGAGAGACGGUGACUGUAGAGGACGCUGUUGUUGUGGUGUCUGUUAUGGAGUGCUCCAUGCAGGGAGGCGCUCUACUUGGAAAUGUGAAUGCUCUACACACCUCUUUUCCUGACAACCCCUGUGAACAGUAUAAAACACAGUGUGAGGUUGUGCUCGAGAGGCUGGGAUUGACUGAGAUCUUACACAAAGAACUGCUAAGACUCUCGAGUCUACAGAGCAGAAGACUGGACUCCCCUAAAGGUACCGAACCACAUAGUGACCUCACCAUUGAGCGUGCAGCUGUUGAGAAUCACGGUAACCGUGAUGUGACGUCUAAUUCGGACGCUGACCUGGACUGGUUCCACUCCUUAUCCAGCCCGACUGGUUCCGGCUCCAUCAUUCACACCUCCACACAGAACACUACGACCACACUCCGCCGUUCAGUGUUGCCUAGCAACAGCCGUUCCAAACGCCGCAAGGGUUCUGCGUGGGAGAAGGAUGAGGAUAAAUCCACGGUUGAAGCUGUAGUGGAAAGGGGCUCCAAAAAGCUCAGAGGCAAACGACUGAAAGAGAUGAAAGCGGCCCUCCUGCUGAACGAAGAAACAGUUUUAGGAGGAACUGAUGAUGAUGUGUUCUCCCACAGUACACCCAUGACAGGGAAGAAACCCUCAAAAAGGAAAAACACAACCAUCAGUCUUCCUGACAUAGACCAGGAGGCUGAUUUCAGAGCCAAGAGUGGAGAGGAUUUACGCAGGAGACUCACAAACUUCACAUUCAAGCCGAGAGAGAGAAUGUGUCAUGCCGAUCAGUCGGUUGUGAACUCUAACACAAGUGCCAAAGUGGCGGUGCAAGAGGGGGCGAAGCCUAGCUCACCUCAGAUGCGAGAUAAACAGGCCGAGAGGGAGAACCAGUCGAGCUCACUUCCUCCAGCAGAGGGCAGCAGAGCUAAUAACAUGCUCCGACUGGGAACUCGCAAUAAAAACAAGGACGUUUCCUCAGAGGUCUUGAAUGAUGAGAGUAUGACUUUCACAGCUCAGAAAGGGACGUUUGAGGACACUGAACAUCAACAACAGCUGCUGCCGAGACUGAACAGUCUCUCUUCAGGUGAGAAUAAUGGUAACACUAAUAAACACCCACAAUCCUUACCAAAGACAGACCACCCAAAGACUAAGGUGGCCAGCUCCACUCUGGACAAACUUUCCAGAUUCUCUUUUACGGGCUUAGCUGAGGAAAAGACUGGAGAUGAAACAAUCCCAGCUCCACCGGAGCCACAAGAAGCCAUAAAUGGCAGUACAAACAAAGUGGCAACAAGCACAGUUUUCGAAGACCAGGAUAUCACAAGCACACAGAUCAGGAAAAGUAUAACCACAGGUGUGAAGAGCAGCGCACUGCAGACGGGCAACACGAGGACAGAACCCUCCGACAGACAGGAAGAAUUCAGAGAGAAUGCUUCAAAGAAGAGGAGAUGUUUUGAGUUGAGCUCCGGAGGAUCCGCAGGACUCCUUAAAGGUUUUUCACUGUUCAGCUCGUCUGUCAUAGAUGAUGAAGAUCUAGACGCUGACUGGAACUGAUCCAGCAAGAGACGUUUGUUGUGUGU